CUUUUUAAUUCCCGCUUGAGUCAGCUGGACGCCCUAGCGCGCAGGCACAGACAGCGAGGAGAAAAAACCCCAUGGCCUCACCGGCGAGUAAUGGGGUUCCGGCGAUAAACGGCUCCGUUGACAAAAGUGUCGACUUCGCCAACUACUUUUGUACCUAUGCUUUUAUCUACCACCAAAAGGAGAUGCUCUCUGAUCGGGUCCGCAUGGACUCAUACUAUAAUGCCAUCUUCAACAAUAAGCACCACUUCGCCGGAAAGGUUGUGCUGGACGUGGGCACGGGAAGCGGGAUUCUUGCGAUAUGGAGCGCACAAGCUGGUGCCAGAAAGGUUUAUGCUGUUGAAGCUACGAAGAUGGCUGAGCAUGCUAAGGCUCUUGUUCAUGCCAAUAACGUGGAGGAUAUUGUUCAUGUGAUUGAGGGAUCUAUGGAGGAGGUUAAUUUGCCGGAGAAAGUUGAUGUUAUAAUAUCAGAGUGGAUGGGUUAUUUUCUUUUAAGAGAGUCGAUGUUCGAUUCCGUGAUAUGCGCGCGAGAUAGGUGGCUAAAGCCAUCUGGAGUGAUGUAUCCUAGUCAUGCUCGAAUGUGGGUAGCACCUGUCAGAUCUGGUUUAGGGGAUCAAAAGAUGAAUGAAUAUGAGACUGCUAUGAAUGACUGGUAUAGCUUUGUUAAUGACAUAGAUGUAAACUAUGGAGUUGACAUGAAUGUCCUAACCAAGGCUUAUCGUGAAGAGCAUGAAAAAUACUAUCUGAAGACAUCACUGUGGAACAGUCUUCAUCCGAGUCAAAUAAUAGGCACCCCUGCGGUCAUUAAAGAAAUUGAUUGUCUAAAAGCUACAAUUGAUGAGAUCCGCGAUGUUUCUGCAAAUUUCGUGCUGCCAAUCAAUGUGGAUCGGACUAGGCUAUCAGCAUUUGCUGGUUGGUUUGAUGUUCAUUUUCGGGGUAGCGAGCAGAAUCCAGUUGAACAAGAAGUUGAGCUGACUACUGCUCCUAGCGUUGACAACUCAACUCACUGGGGUCAGCAGGUUUUUCUGAUACAGCCUCCUCUUAGAGUUGAUGAAGGUGACAAACUGAUGACUUCUUUUUCAAUGAGCCGGUCCAGGGACAAUCAUCGCCUCAUGGAUGUAAAUUUCACAUACGAGUUGCAGCUAUUGUCUGAAAAAUGCUUUAAGCCCGUCUCCAGAAUGUAUUAUAUAGAAUGAUUAUGCAGAGGGGACUAUUGCAUACAGAAUAUUAUGUUCUAAUAUUAGGUUUAAUAUCUUCAUUGUGACCUGAAGCCCAUCCAUUCAAAAGCGUUGAAGUUUUCAUUUGUUCUCCCACAUCAUGUAGAAGUGCAGCAACUGCUCUACCAACAAACCUUUUGUGAUUUUCCCUUUUUAGGAAUGAAGGGAGAAUGCGUCCUCUCAGAAUGUUGAAUGUGUUGUUUGAAUGUACAACAACCAUCUUUAGCUGGAAACGGUAUUUGCAGUCCUUGAAUGUGAUGAAGUGUAUUUUGCUUUUUAGUUUGUCUCUAUUGGAAUUAUUUGUCAUAUGUAUUUUUGAGACAACUUUCUAUCCACCAUUAAUUAUAUGAUGUUUUAUGUACCAUCAAAUUUAUUGUUA